CACCAAAAGGAAUGCAAAAGAAGUUUUCGUAGUCAAAUUUAGCAGAAUUUUUCCUUACUCAAUAAUAAACAUUCGUAUCGUGCUGUUCCAGCAGUGCACUUUGCUGCCCACGUCGUUAGCUCUACAAAAGUAUAGGCAAAGAAAUUAUGAGUUCCAAAAAGAUUCCUUCGUCGCCGUCUGGGAAUCGCUCGUACGACAAUUGUUUGCCUUCCACAUCUGCUUGUAGCAGUAAGCAGCUGAAUUCCUCGUCAUCACCGAUCAGAGAGAGCGGCAAUGGCAGAUCCAUCUCUAGCAAUAAACUUUCUACCCCGGUGGAACCAACUCCGUCGAAAUGGGUCAGUCUCAAUGUUGGUGGAAAAGUGUUCACUACAACCCUCAGUACGCUAUUAAAUAAAGAGCCUGGCAGUAUGUUGGCACGGAUGUUUGCCCAGGAGGACGCGAUGUGUCCCAGCGAUAAGGACGGUCAUGGUGCCUAUCUCAUAGAUCGCAGUUCGCAAUAUUUCGAGCCAAUAUUAAAUUAUCUCAGACAUGGCCAAUUGAUCUUCGAUGGUCAUUUGAGUCCUGAAGGAAUUCUGGAGGAAGCCAAGUUCUUCGGCAUCGAAGGAUUGAUUCCACAAUUAGAAAGCUUGGUUCAACAGCAGCAGACAGCCAACAUGGAGGAUCUUCCUCUAACGCGAAGAGAUGUUAUCAGCGCUUUGAUAAAGACUUCACAUAUGACUGAAUUGCGAUUCCAAGGCGUUAAUCUAGCAGGGGCCGAUUUGAGAAAAUUGGAUCUCCGUCACAUAAAUUUCAAAUACGCCUGCUUGCAACGGUGUAACUUAUCACUUGCCAACUUGAACUAUUGUUGCCUAGAACGUGCCGAUCUUAGCUUUGCCAAUUUGGAAGGUGCUCAACUGUUGUCCGUCAAAGGGCUCUGUGCCAAUAUGGAGGCGGCAAAUCUGCAGGGCUGUAACUUUGAGGAUCCAUCCGGAGUGAGGAGCAAUUUGGAAGGAGUGAACCUGAAGGGUGCCUGUUUGGAAAACAGUAACAUGGCAGGAGUGAACUUACGGGUAGCCAAUUUGCGGAACGCCAAUUUGAAGAAUUGCAAUCUGAGGGCAGCUGUACUUGCCGGCGCGGAUUUGGAGCGCUGCAACCUUUCCGGAAGCGAUCUACAAGAGGCUAAUCUAAGGGGAGCGAACCUCAAAGACGCUCAACUUGAGUUAAUGCUGACUCCGUUGCAUAUGUCACAGGCAAUUCGCUAAGCAGCGAGCGUACUUUCGGAGAAGUAUAAUUCUUCUUAGAACUAUAAAUACUGGAAGGUUUAAUUAUUGAAUAUUUUUUGGGUGGUUUAUAUAAAUUCUCACACCGUGAGAAGCAGUAUAUAGGGCUAAUAACAUUGAUUGACUGAUUGUAUUCGGUUGAGUUUCUUUCGUAACUUCUCGAGGAGAUGCAGCAGUGGUACCUACGCAGAGGCGUAUAAGUGCGUUUUAGUUGCAAUAAUAAAAUUUAAUGUUGCAAUAAUAACAAUUCACGUAAAAAGGAACAUUAUAGGUAGAUCUUACACCGCUAAUAAUAUUACAUCAAAUCUAUUUAAUCAUCCAUCACGAAUAAAAUGAUCGUUGAAAU